GCUGCUUGUCAUAUUUUCCUGCAAGAUGUUGAGGGCAACCUCCCGGCUGCUAGUAAAUUACCCAGAGCCCUAUCGUUCUGAAAUAUUGGAUUAUCUCUUUAAGCCAAACUUCGGUGCCUCGUUGCAUAUUCUAAAAGUCGAAAUAGGUGGCGAUGGGCAGACAACAGAUGGCACGGAGCCCUCCCACAUGCACUACGCGCUGGAUGAGAAUUAUUUCCGAGGGUACGAGUGGUGGUUGAUGAAGGAAGCCAAGAAGCGGAACCCGAAUAUCACACUCAUGGGGUUGCCAUGGUCAUUCCCCGGAUGGCUGGGGAAAAAUUUCGACUGGCCUUACGUAAACCUUCACCUGACUGCCUACUAUGUUAUGACCUGGAUUAUGGGUGCCAAGCGUUAUCAUGAUCUGGACAUUGAUUACAUUGGGAUUUGGAAUGAAAGGGCAUUUGACGUCAAUUAUAUCAAGGUGUUAAGAAGAAUGUUGAACUAUCAAGGUCUCCAUCGAGUGAAAAUCAUAGCGAGCGAUAACCUCUGGGAGCCCAUUUCUGGCUUUAUGCUGCUUGACUCUGAGCUCUUGAAGGCGGUUGAUGUUAUAGGAGCUCACUAUCCUGGGACGCGUACAGUCAAUGAUGCAAAGCUGACCAAGAAGCAGCUUUGGUCUUCCGAGGAUUUUAGCACUUUAAAUGAUGACGUGGGUGCUGGCUGCUGGGGUCGCAUACUGAAUCAGAACUAUAUCAAUGGCUACAUGACUGCAACAAUCGCUUGGAAUGUGGUGGCCAGUUACUAUGAACAGCUGCCGUAUGGGCGGAGUGGACUGAUGACUGCCCAGGAGCCAUGGAGUGGGCACUAUGUGGUAGAAUCUCCUAUCUGGGUAACAGCUCAUACUACUCAGUUUACCCGGCCAGGUUGGUACUACCUGAAGACAGUUGGCCAUUUAGAGAAAGGAGGAAGCUACGUAGCUCUGACUGAUGGCUUAGGUAACCUCACCAUCAUCAUUGAAACUAUGAGCCAUAAACAUUCUAAGUGUAUUCGGCCGUUGCUUCCUUAUUUCAACGUGUCACACCAAGUUGCUACCUUUGUCCUUGAAGGUUCUUUUAGUGAAAUAACAGAGCUCCAGGUGUGGCACACCAAACUUGGCACAUCAUCGGACAAAUUUCUCUUUAGACAACUGGAUUCUCUAUGGCUCCCCGGAAGCAGCGGCAGUUUCACUGUGGAGCUGCAAGAGGAUGAGCUGUUCACGAUCACCACCCUCACCACCGGCAGCAAAGGCAGCUACCCGCCGUCCCCCAAGUCCCAGCCCUUCCCGGCCGUCUAUACGGAUGACUUCAAUGUUGACUACCCACUGUUUAGUGAAGCUCCGAAUUUUGCUGAUCAGACUGGCGUGUUUGAAUACUACAUGAAUACUGAAGACCAUGGGGAGCAUCGCUUCACGCUACGCCAGGUUCUCAAUCAGCGGCCCAUUACGUGGGCUGCGGAUGCGUCCAACACCAUCAGCAUUAUCGGAGAUUACAACUGGACCAACAUGACUAUCUCGUGUGAUGUCUACAUGGAGACCCCUGGGAAGGGAGGCGUGUUCAUUGCCGGAAGAGUAAAUAAAGGUGGCAUCUUGAUUAGAAGUGCCAGAGGAAUUUUCUUCUGGAUUUUUGCAAAUGGAACCUACAGAGUUACAGGUGAUCUAGCUGGAUGGCUCAUAUAUGCUUUAGGACAAAUUGAAGUUAAGGCACAAGAAUGGUAUACACUCACUUUAACUAUUAAGGGUCAGCUCUCCUUUGGCUUGUUGAAUGGCAAGCCUGUCUGGUCAGAGAUCCCGGUCAACUUCCCCAAGAAUGGCUGGGCUGCCAUUGGAACUUACUCCUUUGAUUUUGCGCAGUUUGACAACUUUUACGUCAAUUCCACACCCUAAAAUUCACAGAACACUGCACAACACUCUUUGGAUUCUUUAUUUCUUUCUCUUUGGUUUUGGUUCAGAGCCAGUUCUUGUUUCGAUGGAUUGGUAUAUGAGCCUUUGGAGGCUGAAAAUAAGAGUAAAUGAAGAGGAAAGAUAUUUUUUACUUGAUCAUGUGGAAGAUUUUUUUUAGAACUAAUUCCAAGGGGAGAAACAGAUGACUCUUUCGCAUCACCUGGUGUGUACCCUACACUUGAAACAGUACCUUGGUCCCACCCUUAGGAGUGCUUUGGGUGGUCCAGACCUAGAGGCCUUGGUGUAGAUGCUGAGGUCACUCCUGUCUUCUUAUUUGCAAGUGAUCAUGCAGGUGGCAGUAACUUGAUUGCCACAGAGACGUAUUUAUUGACGCUCAUGUGUGUCUAAGUGAGCUGAUGCCCUUGUCUCAAGAUAAAGCUGUCGCACUGGGAAGCUGAAGAACACUGGAGAGGCUGCUCUGUGAAGACCACUUCAACGUGUUACUCUAAAACAGUAUUUUUUCUUUCCUGUUUUAUGAUGAUGCUUUUGAAUUAUAGAUGUGAUGAGUGGGAUGAUUUGAAAAAUGUAUCAUUAACAAACUACCUCUAAAGCUAUUUCUGCAAUAAUAAAUAAUAGAUUAAUUGGG